GCGCUGCGCUUGGACAGUGGUACGCAAGUCCAUUUAUCAAACAGGUGUUGUUCCAGGAGCCACCUAUACCACCGGUCACUGAUUGAUCUCAGAGUCUGUAACCUCCUCUCAUCCAUAUAUCGUCCAAGAUAACUGCAAGACCAUAAUAGGCCCUGCAUCUCGCACAUCACAUUCUCUGCUUUAUCACCCUCCUUCACCUUGACUUCACCCAUGGCUCAAGAUCCGCGAGUAUUACUACAGAAGGCCGAAAAAGCCGCCCAGGGUGCCACCGGGGGGUUCAGUUUAUUUGGCGGACGAGGAGAAAAAUGGGAGAACGCUGCGGAUCUCUACACGCAGGCCGCAAAUGCGUUCCGAGUACAGAAGCAGAAUCUGGAGGCUGGGAAAGCCUUUGAAAAGGCCGCCUCAAUCCAACAGUCCAAGCUCAAUGAACCCGAUGACAUGGCCAAUACCCUAACCGAAGCCUUCAAAGUCUACCGUAAAGAGUCCCCCCAAGACGCUGCCCGCGUGCUCAGCACCGCCAUACAACACUACACCACGAAGGGCAACUUCCGCCGCGCGGCUACACAUCAGCAGAACCUCGCCGAAGUGUAUGAGAUGGAGCUUGGCGAUCAGAAAAAGGCCCUGGAGGCGUAUGACACCGCCGCACAGUGGUACGAGAGCGACAACGCCGAAGCACUGGCAAACAAACUGUACUUGAAAGUUGCUGACCUGGCGGCACUCGAAGGCGACUACCAGAACGCGAUCGGCAAACUCGAAGCCGUGGCCAAGUCGAGCUUAAACAACAAUCUGAUGCGCUGGAGCGUCAAGGACUACUUUCUCAAAGCCGGCAUAUGCUAUCUCGCUGCAGGCGAUCAAGUGGCGACCAAGAGAGCACUGGAGCAGUAUCGCGAGCUGGACGGCAGCUUUGCAAGCACCAGGGAGAAUAUGCUGCUAACGGACCUGGUGGGGUGUGUGGAGGAAGGAGACCAAGAGGCCUUUUCGGACAAGCUAUUCCAGUUCGAUUCGUUGAGCAAGCUGGACAAGUGGAAGACGACACUGCUUCUGAGGGUGAAGAAUGCGAUCGAGAAGGAGGAGGAAGAUUUCUCGUAGAGCGUGGGCACGAGAGGGAGAUGCAAGGAUCGCUAGGACGGGGAGAGUCUUUCUGCAUGGAACCAAUCAGACAAUCUCUCUCCCCUUCCGGACAAAUCCACCGCACGCCACCAGCGCCCUAUGACCCUGCCGUCCGAGUCACACCGACUUGACAGAACAAGGAUGAUUGAAUAGGUGUGGACAGGGAGGGAUAAGCGAUGGGGGCUUUCGGGAACCGGCGUCAAAGGCGUUUCUCGCAGAAGAAUACCUAUAAUCGAAUCCGUUCGUCCUUCUUCCAGACGAUGCGGUCUCGGGAUAUGCCAUGCCAUGCCACGUUAUGCUAUCAAAAGACCAGCUUGAGCCCGUAUCAAACCAGCAGUAGCACCACUCCUACCCCCAUCGACACAGACAGGUGGUUUGGUCGUCCUAGGGAUCGGAUCGGGAUCUUCCUCACGACGAACGUUAGAACGGCGCGUACUGCAUGCACACCCGAAUGGAUUGAUUGAUUGACUAAGUGCAGUGCAAACGGCAAUUGACUAAUGGCCAUAUUCUGGCGGAAUAUGCACUUCAUUUAUUUUUUUUCCA